AUGACUCCCUCGCCUCCGGGCACCCCUUCCCGCGACAGCAUGAGUGGAUCGCCGAUUGUAACGCCGCGAACAAAAGUUGCGAGGUUCAUAGAUAUGAUGGCCAGCGACUCAGAAGACGACGAUGUAGAAGAGGAUAUCACUGUUCUCCUAAAGAAGGCUGCAAAGCCUCCCCCUGGCGUCACGGACAAGAAGAAUACCCUGAGGACAGGGCUUGGUUCAGACGACGAAGAUGAAGAGUUAGGUACAGAAGAGCCAGUGACGGAGAGGCGGUUGUUUAACCCAGAGAAUGAUACAGAUGAGGACUCAGAUAUGGAUGCCGAGGAAGAAGAGGAAAUACGACCCCGUGGAAAGCUCGCUGCGCGAAUGAUGGCUGCACACAAGGCACAGGCGAAAACGAAAAAGGCCCCGGCGCCAGCUCCGUCAGCUCCGCCACGCGAACAUCGCAGUCUAUUUGGUAGAGACGAAGAGCCUAGCGAUGCAGAGAUGCAGGAUCAAGAAGACUUUGAGGAAGAUGUCACACCAGCCCCAAUCCGAAAACGUGCGCUCAAACAGAAACGCACAUCCCCCACGCCCUCUCCCACCGCUACACCAACCGCAGAAGAGGCAGACAACAGCGAUGAUGAAGAGGAUGAACAGCAAGAUACAGCACCCAUUUCCGCCCAGCGUGGUACCCCCGCAUUCGCCGCCCUAGUUGCGCGAAAGGGGGCAGAGCGCGAAGCCCGAGAAGCUGCUGAAGCUGCCGCUAAACCUGAGCGCCUCAAGAACCAAGUAGAACAGGAUGACGAAGAAUACAGCGGCUCGGAUACAAACCACUACGCCAACUCGCAAAAGGCGCCAAGUCGACGGCGCGCGGGAAAGAAGGCAAUGGAGGAGAUACAUAAAGAGACACAGCGCAUGGCACGGAGUAUGCAAUUGGCACAUCAGGCGACAACGCGGAAAAAGAUAACGAAGCAGAGCUUGUUCGAUAAAUUCAAUUUCCGCACUGCGGCGGCGGCGGUGGAUAGUUCUGUUGAGGGUGUUGUUGAGAAACCUAAGCCCGAAGUUUUACCCUUAGAGCAAACCAUAGUGGAAAGGAUCGAAGACACGACGAUGGAUGAUGCAGAGAUCCCGCUACCAAAUUCACAGCUCGAAGCCAUGGACCUAGACGCAACACCCUCAAAGAAGCUCGAUAAGGGCAAAGGCAAGGCGGUGUAUAACGGCCCUCCAAUCUCUCUUGGUAAAGGCAAAGGUAAAGAAGCAGCUUUCAGCCCACUCCGCCUUGACAAGGCCAAGGGUAAAGAAGCAGUCCCCAGUCCACCACGCCUCGACAAAGGCAAAGGUAAAGCGCCCCCUCCUGAUACCAAAAAACGGCUCUCCCUGCCACCCGUCCGUGUAAUCCUUCCUUCACGACCUUCUACCACUACCGCCGAUGACUCCGACUCAGACCUCGAGAUCCUGCCAAAUCAACCCUCCACGGCAGUAGCUACGUUUAUUGAGCGCCAGAAGAUGAUCCGGGAGCUACGGAAAGCGCGACGCCCAUCGCCGCCGCGGGCUAAGAAGGCGGCAAGCGGAGAUGGAGCGGGAGGAACAUAUCCAGGAGCUGCGAGCGAAGGGAUCAUUGUUCCUACCGCGGAAGAGAGAGAGAAGGAGAAGGCCGAGGUGGACGAUCUCUUAGAGAAAGCUAGGCAGGAGGCGCUCAAGAUCAAGAGGGCUGAGAAGAGGCAAGAGAAAUUGGAGAAAGGGCUAGAGAUUGAUGAUGACGAUGAAGAAGAUGAGGAUUGGGUGGACGGUGAUGAAGAAGAUCCCAUCAUUGAACUAUUGUCAGGGUCCGACGAGGAAGGUGGAGACGAAGAGGAGAUGGAUGAUGUAGAAGAGGGUGGGGAGAAAUCUGAUGUCAAUGAUUUCUCGGACGACGAGAAGAGAGAAGACGGGGGACUCCAGGACCCGAAUAGUACCCCCGUCUUUAGUUUGUCCUCUAUGCGCCCUCUUACAAAUACAACGCCACGCCUCUCCGAAGUGCCAUCGGCAUACAUUGACGACGAAGCCUCCGAUGACAGCGACGGUGGUGAGUUUGCGCCCCUUAAGAAAAAGAAGAAGCAGCAACGCAAGAAGAUGUGUGUUAUCUCCGACGACGAAGAAGAAGAGGCCCCACCCGCCCCCAAACCAGCUGAAUCGAAGAUUCCCUCCAUAUUCCGCCGGCCGAACGCCCAGCCACCAAUGAUGAUGAUGGACAUGGGGAUGACCCAGCUGUUCGAAAGCACCAUGGGCAAUCCUAAUGACGUACAAAUCGCUACCUCCCAGGCCGCCAACCCCGAAGACCGUAUCAAUCUUCUCCGGCGCGACGCGGGUGAGAUGAUGCCGAACACGCAGAUUCUCGACUUUGGCGAUGGGACCCAGAGCCAGAGCCAGGACGAGAGUGCAAAGCUCAAGCUCGACUAUUCUCAAAGCCAGAAAUGGCCCGUAGAAGACUCGCAGCAGAUGUCGAAGGUGUCGCUGCAGUAUGGGUCGGAUGAAGAGGAUAUGCCAGAUCCAACACAGGAUCAGGGCUUCACGAUCGCGAAUACUCCAGCGCCGCCGAGAUUUACACCGGAGCCGGAGGUGCCUAGUACACUUUCAACACAGGUGUUAGAUGAGCAGUUUGGCGCACAGAAGAAGAGGAGGGGGCGAUUGGUGAGGAAGGAUAUGGAUUUCUCUGACGAAGAAGAGGAAGAUGAGGAGCGAGUAGCUGACUCUGCCGCUGAAGAGGAAGAAGAGGAGCUGCCGGAUGUUGCCAAUCUCUUUGACUUGAUGAAGAGGUCAUCAAAGAAACAGGCUGAGAAGACAAAGAAACCAAAAAAACCAGACGACUUUGACAAAUCCAAGAGUGAAGCCAAAGGCAUGGUGCAGGAACAAGCUGAAGAGUCGGAAGAUGAAUAUGCCGGAAUUGGUGGCGCCUCCGAUGACGAUGCCGAUAACGGCCACGACAGCGAGAUGGAGGACAUGGUCGACGACACCAACGGCGAGGCCGUCGACGAAAACGACAUGGCUGCUUUCUACGCCGAGCGUGAAAAGGCGCAGGAUGCUAAAGACGUCACGAAGCUGCUCAAGGAUAUGCAAUCCGGAUUCCUACGCAAAAAGCGCGGCGCCAACUUCGAUCUCGAUGACUCCGAAGACGAAGACGAUGCGGAGGCACGACGCAGAGCUGCGAAGCGAAGGCAGAUUGCGAAGAUGAGGAAGGAGCUGCUCAAGGAUGAGAAUAUCGAAAAGAUCGCUGCUAAUCCCAAGAGAGCGGCGUUUUUGGCGGCGAUUGAGGAUCGCGAUAGAGAUGAGGAGAUGGACUUCUUGGAUAGAGGUGAGGAGGACCUGUUUAUCGAGUUGGGCAUGGUAUCGCAGACGGAUGGUGUCUCUCAGAGUCAGACACUCGAAGAAAGUGAGGAGGCGAGCCCGGUCCCGGUGGCAGAGGAUGAGCAGCGGGGUGAAAGGAGUAAGGAGGCCUCAUCCUUGCAGGCAUCAAAUAGUAGAAGAACGGCCAACAAAACUAAGAUUACAUCACUGGCCCAAAUUCGAGAGCAACUAUCCUUCCUCGUCGAAGAAAGAGAUUCCCAAAUCGACUUCUCGGAUGAGGAUGAAGAGGAAGAUAAAACUGCUGUACUCCGCCGAGAGCGCAUCGGCAGCGUCAUCGACCGUUCCGCUGUUGCGCGUGCCAAUAGUGCCACCAGUAAUACCACAAAGCUUGCCUUCCAAACCUCAGGCAAUGCUUCAACCUUCAAAGUACCAACUCUUCUUCGCCGUGCCACCUCAAGCAGUCUUUCAGAGUCUUCUGUCGGGACCGAAAGGACUCUUGGUCAGGGUGAUGGCGCUGUGAAGAGGGGUGGCAAGGCGAGCUCCUCAAUCAACUUCCAGUCUAGAGAGCAGCUCAGGAGUAAGGUUGUGCAUGAGCGGGAGGCAAAGAAGAAGAUUGAGAGGAAGAAGGAGGGGCUCAAGAGACAGAGUGUGUUGGGCGUUUUGGCGAAAGGUAGCUUUAGUUGA